AUGGCAGCACUGUGGAGGUCGUACCAGCGGCUCAUGGCCCAGCACCCCUGGAAAGUGCAGAUCCUCACAGCUGGGUCCCUGGUGGGAGUCGGAGAUGUGAUCUCUCAGCAGCUGGUGGAAAGAAGGGGCCUGAGAGGGCACAGCAGUCGCAGGACGCUGAAGAUGAUGGCCAUUGGCUUCUGCUUUGUGGGCCCUGUGGUGGGAGGCUGGUACCAGCUCCUGGAUCGACUUAUUCCGGGAAACACCAGGAUGGUGGCGUUGAAGAAGAUGGCGCUGGAUCAGGUGGGGUUUGCACCUUGCUUCCUGGGCUGUUUCUUGGCCAUCGCCGGGGCACUCAACGGCCUGUCCGCCGAGGAGAGCUUGGCCAAGAUGCGACGGGAUUACCCGGACGCGCUGCUCACCAACUAUUACCUCUGGCCAGCCGUGCAGAUUGCCAACUUCUACUUCAUUCCCCUGAACCACAGGCUGGCUGUCGUGCAGGUGGUGGCUGUCGUCUGGAAUUCCUACCUGUCCUGGAAGGCGAACCAGCUGUGA